GGCUGGAGGAGGAAGGGGGUCGCUAAAAUUGCGGUCAGCCGGGAUGGGGAAAUGCCUAAAGCAGCGGUGAGGAGUCUGAUCGUCUGCCUCACUGCCUGCGUCCCUGCCUUGCACCGGAACGGGCGGAGGAAGAUGGGUGUUUUUAUCCUCGUGCAAAGCUGGUCUGUCUAACUACUGAGCAGAGCUAUGUGCUGAAGUUGGAGAUCCUGACAAAAUGGGAGUACUUACCUUCUCUGCGACCUGCAGUUUACUUCUAACUCUGGUGCGAGGACACAGUUUAUUCACAUGUGAGCCAAUUACUAUUUCCAGAUGCUCAGGAAUGCCUUACAAUAUGACUUUUUUCCCAAACAUCAUGGGACACUAUGAUCAGGACACAGCUGCUCUCCAAAUGGAGCCUUUUCUUACGCUUAUGAAUCUUCACUGUUCACCAGAUGUCCACACAUUUCUGUGCAAAGCCUUUGUCCCUGCCUGCCUGGAGCAAGUUCACGUGAUUCACCCUUGUCGAAGCCUCUGUGAGAAAGUGUAUUCUGACUGUAAGCAGUUGAUGGACACUUUUGGUAUCACGUGGCCUGAAGAGCUGGAAUGUACCAGACUAGUCAAUUGUGAUGAGACUGUUCCUGCCACGGCUGCUGUAACUACAAACAUACAUGGAACUCAGAAGACCCCAGGCCAGACCCGAAGGGAUUAUGGAUUCUGGUGUCCACGACACCUACACACUACCAAUGGACAAGGCUACAAGUUUCUAGGAAUUGAUCAGUGUGCACCCCCAUGUCCCAAUAUGUACUUCAAAAAUUAUGAAUUGGAUGUUGCGAAAAGCUUCAUUGGAAUAGUUUCAAUCUUUUGUCUUUGUGCUACGCUUUUCACAUUCCUGACUUUUCUGAUUGAUGUUAAAAGGUUUAGGUACCCGGAGAGGCCGAUCAUAUAUUACUCCGUCUGUUACAGCAUAGUCUCUCUAAUGUACUUUAUUGGAUUUUUACUUGGGAACAGAACUGCCUGUAAUGAGGCAGAUGAUAAGUUAGAAAUUGGUGAAACAGUUGUUCUUGGCUCCCAGAACAAAGCUUGUACUGUCCUUUUCAUGGUUUUGUAUUUUUUCACUAUGGCAGGAACUAUAUGGUGGGUGAUUCUUACAAUCACUUGGUUCCUGGCAGCGGGAAGAAAAUGGAGCUGUGAAGCUAUUGCACAAAAGGCCAUGUGGUUCCACGCAGUUGCUUGGGGAAUACCUGGUUUUCUAACCAUUAUGCUCCUUGCAAUGAACAAAGUUGAAGGGGACAAUAUCAGUGGAGUCUGUUUUGUGGGUCUCUAUGAUCUGGAUGCCUCUCUGUACUUUGUGCUUUUGCCGUUGUGCCUUUGUGUUUUUUUUGGUCUCUCUCUUCUUUUAGCUGGUAUUAUUUCUUUAAAUCAUGUGCGGCAAGUCAUACAGCAUGAUGGCAGAAACCAGGAGAAGCUAAAGAAAUUUAUGAUCCGAAUCGGAGUUUUUAGUGGUUUAUACUUGGUGCCUCUUGUAGCACUUCUUGGAUGUUACAUCUAUGAACUGGUAAACCGGAAAAUCUGGGAAACGACUUGGGUAUUUGACCACUGUGACCAGUACCAUAUUCCUUGUCCUUAUCAGGCAAAGGCACUAGCAAGACCAGAAAUAUUUUUGUUUCUGAUGAAAUAUUUGCUGACAUUAAUUGUUGGCAUAUCUCCAGUCUUCUGGGUGGGAAGUAAAAAGACCUGUUCUGAAUGGGCUAAUUUCUUCAACAGAAACCGCAAAAGAGAUCCAAUCAGUGAGAGUCGAAGAGUGCUGCAGGAAUCAUGUGAAUUUUUCUUGAGGCACAAUUCCAAAGUUAAACAUAAAAAGAAGCACUACAAAUCAACUUCACACAGAUUGAAAGUCAUUUCAAAGUCAAUGGGGACUAGUACAGGUGGCACAACAAAUCAUGGAACUUCUGCAGUAGCAAUCACUAAUCAUGAUUACUUAAGCCAAGAAACUGUUGCAGAAAUUAAAACCUCUCCAGAGACAUCUGAGAAAGAGAUAGAGGCAGACGGAACGUCAGCCCAAAGAGUCGAGGAAGGUGAAAACAGUGGAGAUCAAAUGUUAUCUGGUUCUAAACUGACCGUGGAUCAGGUGGAAAAAAGAAACAAAGCAGAUAGCACAUGUGAUAUGAGCAGCUUGGCUGAGAGUAUGAAGAGAGUAGGUGAAGGAAGAAUAACUCCUAAAAAUGAUUUUGUUGAAUCUCCUCCAUUACAAAGCAGCUGUUCCCAAAUACCUGAUGUCUCUCAGUCAGCUUCCGUAUCACUACUUGUCUACUCAGCUUCAGACACCAGAAGAGAGUUGGAUUCAGGAAACAGUUCAAACCCUUGAAAGAUUGAAAUUUUAUAUGAACAUUUUCAAUGUAUAAAACUGAUACAGAUUCUGUGUUACACUGGAAGUAACGGAUAUUCUGUGCCUUAUUAAAAAACACACAUAUCUUGCUUUGCACUUAAAAAAUGUUAAGUUUUGUUGUGGGGGGCAGCUAGCAAUAAUGUACUAUAUUUAAUCCUAUCCAGGAAUAAUGGAAAUUGAAGUUCUCUAGGACACGGCUGGACUGACUAGCAGUAAUUUAAGAAAAAGACGAAAGAAACAAAUAUUAUUCCCAGUAUAAAGAACACUUUGUAAUGAAUUGCAUUAAAAUAAUGCUUAGAA